CCUCAUAGCACGCUUGUUGGCUACUUGAGGCUCUGCCACUCCACCUUAUCCCUUUCAAGUGCCGCAGACAGCCGAGGGAGAAAGCAAAAGACCAUGUCGCUGGCACGUUCAGUGUUGACGCCUGCCUCGUCGCGCGGCCUCGUCGCCGCCGUUGCGCGGUUAGCAGGAGCCAGCGUCAGCAGUAGCAGCAGUAGCGUUGGUGGCAUUGCUGCACGGAGAAGCUUCACCACCACCUCGGCCGAUUCGAUCAAGGUUGCCGCCGCUGAUGAUGGCAGCGCAACGACGACCAUCACUGUCGCCAUCAAGGCCGGACCCAGGUACGAGUCGUCGCCCGGUGUCGCACAUGCCCUCAAGAACUUCUUCUUCAAAGCCAACCACAAGCGCUCGGCAUUGGCCCUGAUCAGAGAAGCAGAGCUCUAUGGAGGCUUCUUCUCCUCCAGCACAACCAAAGAGCACAUCCUGCUCACCGCAGACUUUUUGCGAGGAGACGAGGACUUCUUCGUCGAGGUCCUCGGUGACGCCGUCUCGCAGGCCAAGUUCGCUAGGCACGAAUACAGCGAGUCUGUUGUCCCAUUGAUCCAGAGCGACGCCGAGUUCGCCGCUGCCAACCCGCUGGUCAGCGGCUUUGACCAGCUCACCUCGACUGCUUACCGGAACAGGGGCCUCGGCGCGUCGCUCUUCGCCUCUCACUCGUCGCCGAUCUCGUACAGCGAUGUGCAGCAUUACGCCAAGUCCGUGCUGGCCAAGAACAACCUCGCCGUUCUCGGCUCGGGCAUCGAGAGCGAAAAGCUCGCCAAGCUUGUCCAGCAGCACUUUGCCCCGCUGUCCCCCAGCGCAUCCAGUGCCUCGACCACAAAGACCCCUAGCACCUACUACGGCGGUGAGCACCGCGUGCAGUAUGCUCCCGCGCACCACGACUCGUCCGCACGCGCCUCGUUCGGCCACGUUUUCCUUGCAUUCGAGGGAGCCGCGAACGGCGCCUCGCCCGAGCUUGCCGUCCUGCGCUCCCUGCUCGGCGGUGAGAGCUCUGUCAAGUGGUCGAAGGGCCAGUCUCCGCUCUCGGCCAUCUCUGCACAAGCACCCGGCGCUACUGUCUCAGCGUUCAAUCUUGGCUUCUCCGACGCUGGCCUAUUCGGCAUCCACGUUUCCGCACCGCACGAGCGCAUCGCCGCUGUCGCCAAGUCGGCCAUGAACGCCCUCAAGGAGAUCGCCAGCCAGUCCAAAGUGGACGACAUCAAGCGUGCCGUCGCCAAGGCCAAGUUCGAGGCGGCUGCUACGCUCGAGGGCCGCGCGGCGAGCCACGAGGCUGUUAGCAGCCAGUUGCUCGAGUCCGGCAGUGUCUCGACUCUUGACAGCGUGUUCAGCGCGCUCGACAAAGUCGACGCGUCCGCUCUGUCCAAGGCGGCCGAGAAGCUGCUCAAGAGCAAGCCGACGACCGUCGUGGUUGGCGACGUGCACAAGCUGCCGUACGCUGAUGAGUGCUUGUGAAAAGAGGGAGCGAGAGGGAAGAAGGUUGAUUGCGCAGCGACCUGCUCUCAAAGGGUGGGUUGUGAAGCAAAAGCGGAUGCACACGCGGAAUGGAUGAAAGGAUGAUGUACAUAGACACACAACCAACGAUUCUCCGUCCACCUCCGGUUUGAUGUGAGAAGCGCUAGCCAAGGUAGGGGCAAGGACAGCCUGAGGCCCUUGGGUAGUGUUUCAAUCUCUUUGAGGGACAAGCAGUUGACAGGAGCCGACAACAUAGCAGUCCCUGCAAGUCAAUGCAUUUGUAGAG